CCGAUCAUGACAUGAUCACACAUGAUGUUCAAUACUUGACAGUGGGUACUUGGAAACACCCUUUCUGUCUGAUAAGCGCUUUCCUUUACACUUCAGUACCUGCAGGCACCACAAACGUGCUUCUCUUCAUCAUUAGCAUUUGCUUCUGUGAAGAAAUCAACUUUUUCAAUGGGUCUGCGUAAUUCACAUCCAAAGCUUUACCCUGGAGAUUUACUUGAAUUCCCUCGAAACAAGUAUUUCUCCCAGUUUGGAAUUUACUAUGGAGAAAGAGACGGUGUCCCCUAUGUGGCACAUUUAACAUGCAGAGACUCUGAGACAAAGUUCCUCGUCUAUGGUCGGGCUUUGAAUGCCACUGUGAAACUGGACCCAGUUGAAGUAGUUGGGAAAAAAUACAAAGUGAAUAAUUACCUGGAUGAAAAGCACCCACCUCGAGACUUCUACUCUCACAUCAAACCAGAGAUUGAAGAUGCCAUGACUAAAACCUUCACCUUUGAUAUCCUUUUCCACAACAGUGAGCAUCAGGCAACACUAUUACGCUACGGAGUCAAAAAGUCUGAGCAGAUUGACAAGGUCUACGGAAAGAUAGUUCGUACCUGGCGUGAACCUUUCCAGAAGAAGAAAUUUUGAUUCAAGUUCUCUCAGUGACCACUUGGGGGCAGAAAAGAGACAUGCAAGAUUAAGAUUAAAUGAAACCCAGCAUGAGGUCAAAUUCUGAGAAUUAAAGUGCUAUUCAUUGUGUUGUGAGUUUGGAGGAAUCGUCCAUUUUGUGAUGCAGGAAAAAGAGUAAAAUAAGUCUAAAAAGUAAUAUGAAAUGAAAAACAUGACUUUAGAUUGAAUAUUUCAGUUUUGAACUGUAUUUCUCUUUCAACCCACCAGGUUACAGAACUAUUUCACUGCAUUGUUUUUUUUUUUUUUUACUUUCUCAGUACCAAGGUCUAACAUUUCACUUCCUCCAUCCUCCAUCUAUCAUACAGUGACCUAUUGGUUUGAUGUGGAAAUUACGUCUCAAGUAUUUUUAUUCAAUACAAGACCAUCUUAUUUCCAGCCCUUCUCUUUUAACAUGUGAGUUAUGUCAGAUCAUUCGUACCCUCGGUACAGGAAACCACCCUUUCCAUAAUCUGACAAGCCCUUGACAUAUUUCCUUUUUAAUGACUUUAAAUGUCUUUAUGAAUUUCCAUAACGUUCCUUAAAGUAUUCUUUACAUAAGCUAUGUGUAUAUUACAGCAGAAUAUAGUUUGUACUCCAGAGUGUCCCUAUAAUAUUCUUCUGCUAUUCAUAUUGGGCAGACCUUGUAAAUAUUUGAAUAUGAUCAAAAGAUGGAAAUGUUAUAAUAAUGCAACUUUAUAAUAAUGAAAUAUUUGUAUUAUCAGUGGUAAAAGUGACAAAAGUAACAGAGAGUUGCAAAACUGUGUCCUGAUUAAAUUGUUGUUCAUUGCAAACACUUGGGUGUUAAAUUUUCUGGUGCGUAACUGUAUAACUGUUUUGCUGUAAUGUGCAUUUUGUUAUUGUUUUGUUGCAGUGUGCAUGUGUGGGAAAAUAAUGAAAAACACAACUGAAGUAGAAGAAGAGAAGAAAUAUGCACUUCGAUUUGAUGCUGAUUUUAACAUUAUCAUUCCUUCUCACACAUUACUUUCUUACACUUGAUUCAUUUAAAACUCCAAAGUUAUGCCUGCCAUAUAAGAAAUGGUUAGCUAAGCUAAAGUCAAAGCGUUAUUUCAAAUAUAUUUUCCACAAUCAGUAAAUAUUAAUCUGUCAGCGUGAAAGUCAACAAUACUACAAUACAUGUAUUUCACUAGUAUUUUCAAUGACUGAAAAAGGUGUGCUAAAGAAAAGGCUAUCCCAGCAUUUCCUUGCUCUUAUCAAUACAUUGAUUGUCUGUCCCUCAUUUAACCAGUUUGUGUUUUUCACAAGAGGUAAAGGACUUUUAGAGGAGGUUGAAAUCAAGAGCUGUGUUAUUUAGACCCUGAAUUCCAAACAGCAGGAAACACAAUAGAUUUAAAGCUGUGACAUUCUGAAACUGAGUGAUUAUUGAUCUCUUUGGUUUGUCAUGUGGUAUGUGACAUGCAUAAGUCAAGGGAGAUUUAAGGUGAUAUAUGGCCUGAUUAUUUCAUGUCAUUAACAUUUCAUGUUUGCCUUUGCACUGCUUUCAGUCAACUUCCUGGUUUCCUUUUUCCAGCCAGAGCUCCACGCCCACAGCCACUGAUUGUUGUUUGCACCUGGGUCUGAUUUGUUAGUCUGAGUUGUUGGUUGACUUUUCUUUUCUUUUUCUAUUUGUAGUCUUGUUGUUGUUCGUUAACUGUGUAUUUCAUACCAAUUCUAUAUUUUGGUUUUUUUUUCAGCUUCUGAUCCAACUCUGCCCCCAUGGCCUGUGUUUCUACCUCUGUUGUUGCCUUCUUAAUGGUUUCUGUUGACGUUUUUUCUCGGUAGCUGUCUCUGCCUGACACCACAAACCAGAAUGAUCAAUAAUCUAUGAUAAGAAUGAUAAUAACUUCUAGCUCUACCUUUCCCUGCCUUUGGAUCAGGUCUUCUCAAAUAACCAUGUGGUGUGUUUAUGUGUGUUUAAAUACAAAAUCUUAACCCCACUAGUUUUUUCACCCAUCCCAGUGUCAAGCCCUGAUCCUUCCGCUUUUGAGCCUCAGAUCCUGCUCCAGUGUCAGAUUGCCGACUGAUGCUGUCUGAGGAUCAGUCAUGAGCCCUGUUUCUUCUGAAAAGGUUAAUCAAAGGGACUGUUUCAUUCCCAUUAGCUCAUCUCUGCCUCACUUCCAUCCUUAAAGUUAGUCACAGUAUUUAGACCAGUUUACCUCAACAGAAAGUAUUUCUAACAUUAGCAAAAGUUACAAGUGUUAAGUAAGACAUACGCAACCUAUAAUGACAAAGAUUUUUCUCUCAUCUGUUGAAAGCACUGCCUAGAUUCCUCACCUGGAUACAAAGAGCUCAUAGGCUUCUGUGCUCUUCAGUGCUUUAAGGCACUCUGCAGAAUAGGGAGCGGGGCUGUGUAUGAAAUAAACAUAUACACCAGAAAAGCAUUAUAUAAUACUUGAAUAAACUCAGUCUAUUAUAAUCUGCCAAAACUGUUUCUAGACCAAAAUGUUCUUUAAUGCCAGUGGAGACUGAGCUUUCUUUUUUCUCUAAAAUGCCCACCUGCUUUAAACUAAACCUCCUGUCUGGCUCUGUGAAGUCUAUGCUGAAAACCAGCUUGCUUAAUCUUGCCUUUGUUCAACAGAUUUUUGCAUAAAUAAAGUAAAAUUAAAGGCAAUUAGAGAUGUUAAUGCUAACCCUGGUGCUCUUACUGCAGUUCAGGGUAACAGUCAGGGUAACAGUGGGAGGAAUGGUUGCUGACAUAUCAAGGUGCCCUCAUGCCAGUGCUACCUCCAGAUUUUCUUUUUUUAGGUAUGCUGACACAAAUAGACCUGCUGGUGACCUUACUGGCACUGUGAUUAUCAUACACCAUGUUGCGUAUGCUUUCAUCGUACAUAACAAACUGUUAACUCCAUCUUUUGAACUGUAUGUGUCCCAGUGUAAUGCUGCUGCAGGACACAGAUACACUCCCCAUGUUGACUGCUCAUGUCUCUUUGUCUGCAGUUGUUUGCACAUACAGUUCCAAUUUCUACUGCAAUUAAUUCUCACAUGGAUGCUCCAGAGACCUGGGCUUCCCAAAACUGCUAUCAUAAUUAUAAGGUGUUGCGUGGGACCUAAACCGAGCAACACUGGCCAUGAGGUGGGAAUACACUAUGUCCAUCACAGAUUCCCAAAUCUACAUGCUGCAUAUGUAUUUUAAAGUACUAAUAGACGUUAGAAGGUGAAACUAUUACAUUUCCUCUCUAUGAGCCAUUGUAAUAUAUAUAAUAAUUCAGCAAAAGUUAAAUAGCAAAAUCGUAUUCUAUGGUAAGGAUCAAAUUCUGGCUUUCUCCUUAUCCAAGAAUUUCCUUCAUUGCUGUCACAUUUGGCUUGUUCAUUAGAGAUCUGGAUCUAUACCCAGAUUUUCUGUCAAUCUCUUUUGUUAACAAGUUUGUUGCUUAGAGAAUAUACAAACAAAUGAACUGAUCUAAACUAAAUCUGUCAUUAGUUGUUCCAGGUCUUAUCUGUCAAUAUACAGUAUUUAUCCCCCUUAGUUUUAAAUUCUUUACUGCAUGUUGCACGACCCAUGUUUCCAUGUCUGAUUCUUGUUUCUUAUUAUUCUUGUGGUGUUGUUACUCGGAUUGACCUCUGACCUUCAGUAUGGAUUUGCCCAGUGUAAUCCUGUCUCUGUGCCUUGAACCCCUGCAGCAGA